GGCCAGCAGCUGACCGACCACCGUGGAGCUCCUCCACUCCCCGCGGUCUCCCAGCCCUCCUCCGCAGAGGAGGGGCCACUCACUCACUCCAGCCAACUUCGGGAGAAAAUGUCUGGAAUUCCGUUUCCGCUUUAGGGAGUGGACGGUGAUUUUUUUUGAUUUUUUACUUGACUUCCCAACCAACUUUCAUUUCCACGUCAACUCGGACAGUUUUGUGUGAACUGUCCCGGAUUAAAUUAUCGUUACGACGAUGGCUUCUUCGCCUCAGAAGUCUCCGUCCUCUCCGAAAUCUCCGACGCCCAAAUCCCCGUCUUCCAGAAAGAAAGAUGACUCUUUCCUGGGAAAACUUGGUGGAACUUUGGCAAGAAGGAAAAAGGCUAAAGAAGUGUCUGAGCUUCAGGAAGAGGGGAUAAAUGCCAUCAACCUUCCUCUCAGCCCUUCCCACUAUGAGCUGGACCCUGAGGACACCAUGCUAGAGGAGAAUGAAGUGCGCACCAUGGUGGACCCCAACUCCAAGAAUGACCGCAAACUGCAGGAGCUCAUGAAGGUGUUGAUCGACUGGAUAAAUGAUGUUCUUGUGGGGGAGAGGAUCAUUGUGAAGGAUCUGGCAGAAGAUCUGUAUGAUGGACAGGUCCUGCAGAAACUAUUUGAAAAGCUGGAAGGUGAGAAACUGAACGUGGCAGAGGUGACCCAGUCAGAGAUCGCCCAGAAACAGAAGCUGCAGACUGUUUUGGAACGGAUCAAUGACUCGCUUAAACUCUCCACCAGGAACAUCCGCUGGAAUGUUGACUCGGUUCAUGCUAAGAGUAUCGUUGCCAUCCUGCACCUGCUGGUGGCGCUGUCACAACACUUCAGAGCACCAAUCAGAUUGCCAGACCACGUUUCCAUUCAAGUAGUGGUCGUCCAGAAAAGAGAGGGCAUCCUUCAGUCCAGACAAAUCCAAGAGGAAAUCACUGGCAACACAGAGGCGUUCUCUGGCAGACAUGAGCGUGACGCUUUCGACACCCUGUUUGACCACGCUCCAGAUAAACUGAAUGUUGUCAAAAAGACAUUGAUCACAUUUGUGAACAAACACCUGAACAAGCUCAACCUAGAGGUGUCUGAAUUAGACACACAGUUUGCAGACGGUGUUUAUCUGGUGUUGCUGAUGGGGCUGUUGGAGGGAUACUUUGUGCCACUCUACAACUUCUUCCUCACACCAGAGAAUUUUGACCAAAAGGUCCACAACGUCUCCUUCUCUUUUGAACUGAUGCAGGAUGGAGGUCUGGAGAGACCAAAGCCCCGACCAGAGGAUAUAGUGAACUGUGACCUCAAAUCGACACUGCGCGUCCUCUACAACCUCUUCACCAGGUACCGGAACGUUGACUGAGCACCACGUAUAACAAGAGGGAACACUUUAUACUAUGGACCACAUGUUAAAGCUUAACAAUAUGUUUUUCCUUCUAUUUGUUGUAGAAAUCUAUUUUUAUCUGAAUGCAUGCAUCACAUUUUGUCCCUGUACCACACACAAAUCUUGUAUUUUUAUUUUAUUUUUAUUUCUGCAGAGACAUUUGGCUUGUGUGCCACAAAAUGCUUGAUUUUUAAAAAAUUGUAAAUUGGGCAUUGCUAUACAGUCCUACAGACAUCUAUGAACUAAAUAAGAUAGCCAUUAACUAUUAAUGUUUAGUUAUGUCAUAGAGGUAAUUUUGUAAUGAUUUCUGUCACCCUGCAUUGAAAGCAUGAAGGGGAGAUUGAACAACGCUUGUAUCUUUUAAUCCAGAAAAGAAAAAGUUGAACUGUAUUUAUUGUACAUUUUGAUACACUUGGUCUUACUUUUCCAAGCUAUUUCAUUUUCUUCUCUCUGCUCUUGAUUAUGUCAUUCAUACGUAAGUGCCUUUAUUUAAACAUGUGAACACCGUACACAGUCCCAGUACUUAAUAUCGGGAUGCAUGUGCUCCCCAGUUGUCUUAACGCUCCACAUUUCCUUUGCAUGUGUGGAGGAACAUUUGAAAUAUUUGACCAAAGCUCUGUUGUAUUCACACUGUAAAACACAUAAAGGCUUUACUCAGCA